AUGGCUUCGAUCGCACUGCCUCCUCUCGAUGCAGGGCUGUCGCUCCCCGGACUGCUUGAUUUCCAUUCGACAAAGAACGCGAAUCUUCCCUUCGCGAUAUACUCCUCUCAAGAUGCAAAGGACCCGCACGAUCUAAUUCGCGUAACGUUCUUCGAGUUCACGAGAGCUACGCACCGCGUUGCGCUUUCGUUGGGGCCUCGUCCUAAUCAUGCAAGACCCGUCAUCGCACUCCUCAUUCACUGCGAUACUCUCUCAUACACCUCCACCAUCAUUGGGGUGAUGAGGGCGGGAUAUAUCCCAUUCCCACUUUCCCCGCGCAAUUCGCCACCGGCGGUUGUCAGCAUGCUCAGCAAGACCGAUUGCACCCGCAUGGUAGUGACACGGAGUACUCUCGGGCCUCUGAUAGACGUUGUCGUCGACGCGCUGAAGCAAGCAGGCCGUGAGAUCGAAAUAAACGAGCUACCGGCGCUAGCAGACCUGUUUCCUCACCUUGGUCACGAGACUGUCGACCAGCCUUUCAAUCCUUACGAGACUUCGCCCAACCUCGCUAAAGACGAUAUCGCAUUGUAUCUGCAUUCUUCAGGAUCUACUGGAUUUCCUAAGCCGAUUUCCUUGACGCACGAAACGCUCACACACUGGUGGCAACAGCGCCCGUUCUUUCGUGAACGUGAUAGAGAAUACCCAGAAUCAGCGGCAGGGGGACGAAAAAGAUCAGGCGAUGUCAUCUUCGGAUCGAUGGCUCUUCCGUCGUUUCAUACUUUGGGGGUCAUGAUGCAAAUUUGCGCCCCGCUGUCAUCGGGGCGUCCUAUCGCCGUGUUCCAGCCUCAAAGUCCUCCAACGAUGCCUAAUCCAGACAACACGCUGAAGGCCGCUAAGGCCACAGGUACAACUGCGUUGCCAACGGUUCCGGCCUUUCUGGAGGCAUGGAUUCAGUCCGAGUCCGCGCUCGAGGUCCUGCGGGCCAUGGACGCAGUGUCCUUCACCGGAGGUCCUCUGGCCCACGAUAUUGGCGAUCGACUGGUCCACCAAGGCGUCAAACUGACCACUGUCUACGGCGGUACAGAAUUUGGCGCGCCCAUCAGUUUCUUCCCUCGCCCUGACAUGGACCCCUUCGAGUGGGCGUGGAUUGCCUUUGACCCUACGGUAAAGCCGCGGUUUGCCCCGCAGGAGAAUGGUCUAUACGAGUAUGGCAUUGUUCCUGCGCGGACGUUCACUUCGGACUCGCAGACAACUGCAACUCAUCGUCCUUCGGUGGAAAACCUUCCCGACGUUCGAGGCUACGCUACUUCUGAUCUGUUCGAGAAGCAUCCUACCAAAGAAGGACUGUGGCGAAUUGUUGGGCGGACGGACGACGUCAUCGUGUUGGCAACAGGGGAGAAAAUCGUGCCGGUUCAAAUCGAAGGUCUGGUGCUUGCCAGCCCUCUCGUCCAGGGGGCAGUGAUGUUCGGCCGCGCAAGAGACCAAGCCGGUAUUCUCCUCGAACCCAAGCCCGCCCACGCCAUAGAUCCGUCGGAUCAGGCUGGUCUCGCAGAGUUCAGGAACGCGAUCUGGCCCACGCUCGUCGACGCAAGCAAAGAUGCCCCGGACUUUGCCAGGAUAUUCAAGGAGCUAAUCAUCGUUACACAUCCCGACAAGCCGUUGCCACGCGCCGGCAAGGGAACCGUGCAGCGCAAGGCUGCCCUGGAGCUGUAUUCUGCGGAAAUCGACGCGCUAUACGACACCGUUGCAGACUCGAUGCAGCUGGACUCCAUUCCGGAUGCUUGGGAUAAAGAGUCGAUCACCGCCUGGCUCAUCAAGCAAGCAGAAGCUCUCAUUCCAUCCACCUCGCCAGAUGCAAGCUCCGAUCUCUUCGUGCUCGGAAUGGACAGUCUCGGAGCUACCUUCCUUCGCAAUCGCGUCAUAGCCGCCCUGCGUGCGAGGGCGCCUCAAUCUGUAGCGGGCGUGGAUCAAGGCUUUGUGUACACGCACCCCGUCGUCUCCGACCUCGCCUCCGCGAUCGAGUCCGUGGCGCAAAACCACCAACCCAAGGACCCGGCGGAUAUAGCAAAGGCGCAUGUGCAGGGGAUGACCUCCAUGUAUGAACGAUACGCCGAGAAGUUGGGGUCGACAUCUGUCAGGGACGCGUACUCGCAAGCGUCGGAUCCGGUCACGGUGCUGGUGACGGGCACCACCGGCAGCUUGGGAUCAUACCUGCUUCAUGCGCUGCUGAACGCCACGAACGUCGCGCGCGUGUAUGCCGUCAACCGAGCCGUCCGGGGAGUAGGGUCCAGGCACCGACAGCUGGAUUCGUUCAAAACGCGCGAGUUGAAGGUCGACAUGGCUCAGUUGGAUGCGAAGGUAGUGUUUGUCGACGGCGACACCUCCCGCGACCAACUCGGGCUCGCGAACGACUUGUAUUCGGAGAUCAAGUCUAGCGUGCACCUCGUCAUCCAUAACGCCUGGAGGCUCGAUUUCAACCUCACCCUCUCGUCGUUCGAAAGCCACGUCAAGGCCACGACGAACCUCCUGCGGCUCGCCAUAGAAACUAGCGCGCGGUUCGCGUUCACGUCCUCCGUCGCAGCGGGCCAGUCGUGGCAAGGGCCGGGCGAUAUCCCGGAAGACGCGCUCGCACCUCAAUACGCAGUAGGGACCGGGUACGGCGAGAGCAAGCACGUCGCGGAGAGCCUCGUUUUGCGCGCUAGGGUCCUCGGCUUGAGCGCGACGGUCGUGCGGGUCGGCCAGCUCUCGGGCGACAACGCCGUCGGCGUGUGGUCUACCACGGACUGGUUCCCUAUCCUGGUCAAAUCGAGCAUCUCCCUCGGGAUCUUCCCGGACGUCGACGGGGCCGUGAGCUGGGUGCCGAUGGACACCGCCGCGCGAGCGCUCGCGGACGUCGCGGCGCUGAAGAUCGACGCUCCGCCGGUCGUCAACCUCGCCCACCCGAAGCGGUCGCCGUGGCAUGAGCUCGUGUCAGCCGUCGCCGCCGCCGUCGCGGGCGGGCAGAAGCUCGUACCGUACGCGGAGUGGCUGAGGGAAGUCGAGAAGCGCGCGAGCGACGCGGGCGAAGGAACGUUGCGGGACGUGCCUGCGAUCAAGCUCCUCGACUUCUUCCGCGCGUUCGAGCGGGCGGGCGGAGGCUCGGAGGCGUUCGGGGUCGCGGGUAUGGCCGUCGAGCGCGCGGCGAACGUCAGCCCGGCUCUCCGGGAUUUGCACGCGUUGGGCAAGGAGGACGCGGAGCGAUGGGUGCGCUGGUGGCGGGCUCAGGGCUUCUUGCCGGCGUAA